AUAAGAUAGCAACAGUUAGCAAAACUCACUCCAGUUUCCUCGAGAGACAAAACGAAAGACAAAAGAGACAAACGAGAGACAAAAGAUGGCUGGUUAUGUGUGUUUUGGAGCUCUGGGAUUUGUUCUGCUCUUUCUGCUCUCUACUGCUUCUGGGGCUGAGGUUAAAAAUCUCAAGAACAUAAUUGACCACCUUCAGAACACAUAUGGAGUUAAUGGUCAGUAUGCUCUGGGCAUUAAUGUCCUAGAUACAUAUUGUACUUCAGAUGACCAACUCGACCAGAACUUCCUGUCUCAAGAUAAAGCAGGACAGGUGCAUGACGGCAUGAAUAGUGAAGAACGUAUUUACAAUGGUGAAGAGCUGGUUGGUGCCAAACCAAAACCGUUUGGUGAUAAAGGUUUCAAAAAACACUCUGAGUAUCUGUUACUGAGAGACUCCGAUCCUUCGCCCAUGCAAAAGCUCCUGAAUAAACGGAAAAAUGGCUGCACGGUUUUCUUCACCUUAAACUCCCCCUGUGUCGACACCUGCUCAACACCUACAGGACCCCACAGCAUCAUCUCAGCUCUCAACAUGUUCAAAAAUCACAAAGGUCCAAAAGCUUUUGUUUUCAAACACAUUUGGCAUAAUGAUGAGGGUAAGACUGAAUGGAAAGAUAACAUACUUCAGAUAGAAAAACGAAUUCCAGUCUAUCGCUGCGACAACAACUCAGGUUCAAGAUGCUCACCCUCAAGGAGGUCGAGGUUCCUGAGGUUUGCUUUCGGGGGCGAAGCUUACCAAUAUAGGGUCCGCCUGUUCGGCCUACCACUCUCGCCCCGCACCUUCACGAAAUGCGUCGACGCAGCACUGACCCCGCUGCGGCUCCAGGGCAUCCGCAUUUUAAAUUACCUCAACGAUUGGUUGAUUCUGGCUCAGUCGGAGCGCCAGGCGAUUCGUCAUCGAGAUGUCGUCCUCGCCUGCAUGAAGGUGCUUGGGUUUCGACUAAACGCCAGCAAAAGCGUGCUCAAAAGGGUGGGGAGCAGUCAUGAGUGGCCACCCAGCCCAGGGUCUGUGGAGCGGCCCAUGUCUCUCGUGGCACAUAAAUUGCCUGGAGAUGAUGGCAGUGUUUUUGGGGUUAAAACACUUCCUCCCGGACCUACAAGAUCGCCUUGGUCCGCACGGACAAUACUGCGGUGGUCUCCUAUAUCAACCACCAAGGGGGUCUCCGAUCUCGCCCUCUGUACAAGCUAG